GCGCCGUCGAGCCGUGUGACCAGGAUGUUGUGCAUUUCUUCACAAUGCACUAAACCAGCCCAAAAAAAACGCCGGGCGGGUAGCAAGAGUUGGCGGUUGUGGUGAGCUAUCGCUGUGCUAGCACCCCUCCGCACCCUGUUCUACCCUCAGCGGCUAACAGCUGGGAGUCCAUCACACUCGCUCCCACUUGCGCCAUUAGCCUGUGGGAAAGCUGGCUCCAUAUUGGCUGGUUGUCAUUGCUGUCGUAUUCCAUUUCUUCGGCGUCUUACUCGUCAUUUUGCCUCUUUUAGCCUGACAAAACACUCAUAUGGCCGCCCCAUCCCGCGACCACCCUCUUGACCCUGCUUCCCCAUCCCAUCGUUCAACGGAAAACCUGCGACGCCAACUUCCUCCAGACACGGAAAUACUAAACAUUGCUGAUUCCUGAGACGAACAAAGGCAUUUCGGAGAAAAAUAGAAAUACUACGACUCCUUGCAGAUACUAUUGCUGCGCCAGCCUGAGACCCACGCCCAACUUGCGACGCCCCCAACCUGACGUCUGGAUCUGCGACAACGGAUACCCGUCUGCCUCAACCUCCGACAACCUCGACGACCCCGUCUCAUCUCGCGGAUCGCAGGUCGAUUUGAACCUCAAACCGCAGGCUUUUGCAGUAUGCACUGCACAUAAACCGGCAGAAACACAUGUUUUUCUUUUCUCGUCGUUGCAUAAAUGUAUACGCCUCACCUGCGACUCGGCCCUGCACCCUCACACCAGCCCAUCCACGCUUCUGCAACGCCAAACGAGCAGCAUUCCCUGCUAGUAUCAAGUUUUGAUACACUGGAGCACCUGCACAUAUAAUCGAUCCCCCUGUGGCCACGGCUUCACGCCGUCGGCUGUAUCCUCAUCCGGUCUUGUUCGACUUUAUUUAAUAGUCGUUAUUCGUCCCAAACUUUCGGGACUUUGCAGAUCGUCACCUCCCAGCACCACCACACUCACUUCUUCAACAGUUUUUACUGCUAGUCAGUAUUAACAACCUCGACUCUACUCACAAGGUCUGGCUACCUUUGAGUUUCUUAUAUAUACAACACCCUUUUUGUCUCGUCACCAGGCAAAAGCGACCAAUCCUACUACACCCUCCACAACACUCUUCUAGUCUGCAUCUGCCCAUUCCGUCACCAUGGGCCGUCUUAUUAAGAACCACUGGGCUCGACUUAUUGCCAUGACCGCUGCAACUUACCAGAUUCUUGCCGCCAUCGAAGGCUUCUUCUGGCCCAAGAUCUUUUGGGAUUUCCUGACAAGAAACCUGGACGCCGCCGUCCGCCCGAUACCGAUCCUACAAAUACUGAACCUAUUAUUCGGAAUCUUCAUGCUGGCUCUCGAGUGGCCGCUGCCAUUCCUUGCUGGCUCGAGCUUGCACCGCUCGCUUGAAUUCCGCCUGGUGCUACUCCCGCUCACCAUCCUCACAUCUGUUCUGAUGUACCAGAGCACCAACCCUGCCAUUUACUAUUUUAUCGGCAUGUGUGUCUACUUCUGGGCUUACAGUGAAGGCGAGAUUAUCUGCGCUAAGCCAUGGACUCUUCCCCAGCGCAUCCAGCGUGGUGCCGCCAACCGUGCUUAAUGCCAACAUUGUCUACCAUUCAACGCAUUACAAUUAACAUAACUCGAAUUUUUACAUGGGAAUGCUCGACCCCAUAUUCAGCAUUGAGCCACGGCGUUCUGGGCGGAGUUCAUUUUUUUUCUCUUUGAUUUUCAAACAUUUUCAAACCUCAUCAUAUGAGGUGGUGUCUUUUUUCUUUGUCUAAGAAGGUGGGAGAUCUUUUCUUUGGAGUAUAGGAGCAAUUGGAUGGAGGGCAUUAAGAUGCCGUGAAUGGAUUCUUCAGUAAUCUAUCUAGCCUUGACGACAGCGUCAUCAAAAGAAGAAUACUUGUACUUCUCUCUCAAACCACGUCUUUCACGUUAGCUGCAGCGAUUUGUUCGACCGCUCAAUGAAUAGGGGAAUAGGCACGGGUGUAGGCGCCCACCAGACCUGGCUGGCUGCCUUAUCCCUGAUGGCUAGAGCCGCCCAGUCAUGGUUUGUAGAUCGCAUGAGUAUGCACCAGCACAGACACAAAAGUCUAUGCCUACUUUUUUUGCGAACCGCUUG